AUGGCUGAAAAGAAAAAGAAACGUCCGCCGCUGACGCGGGCGUGUACGGAAGUAAACGAAAAUACCCUGAAGGCAUUGGGACAAUGCCGGCACCCGUCGCUUUAUAAGAAAAACCACACCAAACCAGCUAGCGGACCCGAAAGCGCAGUUACAUCAGGUCUCCGCCGAAUCGAGCGGGCCCGAAGCAGUGUCAAGGGGCCCAGGCCUGGAAUGAACGAUCCUUAUAUGGAUUUGGGACCUUCGAAUCUCUCACGUCAUCGCUCCUGUCCGCAUUUGCUUGACGAAGACGAUUCUGGCGAUGGAGGUGGCGUAGACGGAGGAGCUGGAAUAAAAGUUGAUAUUGAGGAAUACCGCAGGCCGUUUGAUUCUCUGGAUGAAGACCACAAGCAACAAAUCGGUUUCACAACCGCCCUGGCCCCCGACCGCACCUCAGCGGCCGCGGCCGCCCGCCGCGAAUUCGGAAUGGGACGAGACCCCUUUUAUUCGAAUCAAAAAGUUUCAGACACUUACGGAGACUGGCCCGGAGACGAUCACGGGCGCCAGCGAGAAAACAAGAAACCCUUUGGGGAACCCCCUUUCUCGGCGAAAGUGCACUCUUCCUCGUCUUGUAUGUCUCCGACGGAAGGAAUGUUUCGCUUCGACCGCAUCUCAACGAGCGUCUCGGAUCACUUCUCGGACAUUGACGAGCCUGACUCGGACUUACUGCUGGAGGAACGAGUGAGCGAUUCGGAAGAUGUGGAAGUCUCCUCUGGACGCGAAGGAGACUCCAAGUGCAACCAAUGGCUGCAGGGCUUGCAGCUCUCGCAGACGGACAGACUGAAAUCUAGAAGCCACUUGCGACUGCCCCCUGUAUGA